GGGCCAUAUUCCAACGCUCAACUGGCAAACAAUAAUUUGAAAGCCAUCAAAUACUUCUCAUCAUUAGGAAGUAGCGCGAAUGAAAUACAAUUCGAAGCUAACUAUUCUUUCUCAUUUAGUGAAAGAAGUUUUGGUAAUACAUUGUCUUUGAUCUCGGUGGUCCGAAAUCCUUGGCUCUUAGGCUUUUUCGCCGUCCUUAGAUUCAAUCAUCUCUUGCCGCCCAUCAUUCUAUCGCUUUGAAGGAGACGCGUCGAUGUCCCUUGCCAUGUCAAUCAGACCUUCCAUCCGACACCUUCAUUUAUUCUUAUCCCCGAAGACUAAUUGACCACUGCAAACAUUUUCUUAUAAACGCGACUCUUAUUCGACUGGCUAUUCGUUGCCUAAACCGUCCCAUUAUCAGCUGAUAUAUUGAACUACUGCUCAACUUUAGGGACGGGCUUCCUCAUGCAUCGCGUCGACUCAAUUCAAGAUGUCAGAGCAUCCUUACAGGUACAGCCCGUAUCAGGGCCAGAAACCUCAUUCGCAACCUCUCCCGCCCUUCGCCCAACAGUCACUUCCUCCCCUAAAUGCUCAACCGCCUUACUACGGGGCGUUCCAACAGCCAGUUGCCACUGCGGGCAACUACGCAACCGCUCAUAAUGCCUUCCAAUACAAUGCAAGCAAUAUACCUGGCCUAGGGAUGGGUAGCUCUCUACCGCCCAUGCCAUAUCGAUCUGAAAAUAAUAGCAUAUGGCAACCUCAGACACAACCCGCAUUACAUCAACUUCCUACGCAAGCCAGAGAUAAAUCCCCUGCUUUUAUGGCUAAGCAGGGCGACCUUCAGAAAAGUCCUAUAGAGAAACGAGAUAUACCUGUAUCAUCCCAGACACAAAAGCAAACUCCAGAAGAAGGGGAGCUUAGCGAAGGCGAAUUUGAAGAUCUAUAUGAGCCUAAAGAUAACACUGAUAUCGCCAUAGCAACUCCUCCAUCUCCUCGACCCCCAAGUGUGAUGGAAAACCAAAAUGGAAGCGUUGGGGAUGCUGACGGGUCUUCCAUAUAUGAUGGUACAACACCUCGAGGUGAAGCUGUCAUUAAUAGCACAUCUACGUCGCUUCCUACGGCCGAACGAGCAUAUUCACCAGACGAGGACUGGGAGCCUUCCUACCAAGAACGCGAGAGGUCUGGUUCGUAUUCUCCCUACUUGUCCCCUAGGGAGAUCCAGCGUAAGGUAUCCGUGAGCAAACCCGCGUCUCAUGGAAUUAAGCAUGCACCAACCACUCAGAAUCCAGUACAAUCUCUGCCAGGGAUAAAUAUAACACACCUACAGCAACAGCAACCAUCAGUUCAAACUCCAUUGGCAAAUGAAAUAGCUUCUAACCAAACGCAAGAUGCCGUAAUUCGUCCUUUUCGUUCUGUAGCAGAAGCAAAAAAGAAGGCGCAGGAGGCUAUCCUUGGCCUAUGGCCCCUUAAGGUCCGAUAUCAAGAUUAUAUUGAGGAAGGACUCGACGAAAAGCUUAUCAAAGGCUUGUUCACGGAUUUGGGCCUCGAGGCUUCAAUACCAAAACCCACUACAGCUCAAAAGACUACGAGUGACUUGCAGGUUCCAGCUGCGCCCUCUAAUAUUUCUCAGGCCGCACCCGAGUCACAGAACGCUAAAGAUCAGCCACCAAUUAUGUCCAAGCCGAAGUCAUCUACAACAGUCGAAACUACAAUAGAUACCAGUACCACUGGUGAUACAAAGCCUGCUAAAAAGACCGCUGCCGAGGAACGGAAAGACAAGAUUGCUCGGAAAUUAGCGGCAAAGGCACAGAAGACUGCAAAUGCGGUCCAGCCUCCUACAUCAGCACCACCAUCUCAACCAGCUUCGACCAAUUUAGGUGUUGCAAUUUCUACGAGUUCGUCACCGGCAAAACCAAAGACGCGGGCGGAGAAUAACGCACUUCUUCACCAAAAGCUCGCCAAGUUGAAGAAAGCGCAGGAGAAAGCCUUAGCCGAAAAGCUGGCAGCUGAUAAUAGAGCUAAACCCAUGACGCCUCCAUCUCUUCCCACAAGUAAUCCGCCCACGAUUUCCGUAUCAAAGAAUAACACAGAAUCAUCCACGAAUGCUACCGCGGUCGGGAUAUCCGCGUUAGAAACAGAUAGGCGUUCUAUGUCUACGGAGAAGAGCUUACCGAGGGAUGGAGGUAUCCCGGGUUUGUUUCUAACUACUCAACCAGCGCAGUCAAGCAACCGCAACCUAAAACGACCGGUAGCAUCGGAUUUUGAUAAUUAUUCCACCCCCACUGGCACGCUCAAGCGAACCCGCACUCAGGAAACAUUAAUUAUUGAUGUUAGUGACGAUGAGGACGUUGAAAUGGACAUUGCUUCGCCUACCGAUGAGCCUAAUUCAUUUAGUGAGAUAAUCAACCCUCCUCGGCAAAUUCCCCUCGCGGCGUUUCCACCGCUGUCUGAUUCCCUAAACCGGAAACAACGUUCAAGUCCUAGCUCAAGUACGGCACCAACACCACCUGUACACGGAGCCAAACUGGAUUUAUUGCAUAAACGAAUCGAGGAGACGAAGCGAUUAAUUGCUGAAGCCGAAGCUAAGAAGGCCGCCAAGAAGACGAAUGCUCCUCAAUCACCUCAGACCCAGCCUUCAGGAAUAGAAUCUACUACUCUCUCUAAAUUUUCGGAAUUUUCCCCGGUACAAAAAAGAGUUGGAACGGCCGACGUGAAGAGACGCGAUAGGAUCGUGAGCUAUGAAUUGCCAACCGUAGAGGCCACCCUGAAAGAAAAACAGGAUAGAUUAAGGGAAGCCGUUGCCCAAGCAGCUCAGCUUGAGCUCGAAAUUCAGGCGAGUAUGGAACAACGGCGCAAACUAGCUGAUGAAGCGGAGCGGUUGGCGGUCCCUGCAGAGCCAAUACCUAUCGAAAUAAGUACACAAAAUCAACUUGUCCAUUCUGCGACUACAACUUCGGAACUAAGUCAUGUUGAGUCACGGCCUACUAGUGAGCAGCAGCCAAAUCCCGAAGAUACGGCAGAUCUUUCCAUGACCGAGGGAGACAUAACUCAGCAUGACCAGCCAGUUGAUUCAAAUGAGGCACAACUUGGUUUCGAUCCAUCUCAGUCUAUUUCUCCGACUAAUAAUGAACCUGCUGCUGUUCAACUAUCUCAAGGACUUGCUCUGGUUAAUGGAGAAUCUCAUGCGAAGGCUAGCAUAGAUGGAGUAUCGCAGAAUAGCUCCACGAAUGUGUCGACUGAAGAGAGCCGAGCUAUCCCUAACACAAUGGCCGAUGUUUCAGAAGUCCAGGUUGAUAGACAGGAUCUAUCCAAGCAAGACGUUUCCGAGCGACCGUCCCGAGAGCCUUCUCCAAGCAACGAUGGAUCCUACCGGCCACAAUCUAUGCCGGUCUCCCCUACCCACGAUCACCCCUUAGGACCUCAGGAUGCCAGCACAAAGACAUCCUCACCACAAGAGCAAAUUACUCUAUACACUGAUGAGCAACUCAAUCGUGAAGUACUCCAUGAGACUAGCCCGGUUCAACCGGGCGAGGAAUCGGCUUUGUCCGCACCCGAAAACCCGAGUGGAGAAGUACAGAACAGCUCUUCUUAUGAGCACCCCUUACUGACUUCUAGCCAGGAUGAGUCUGAAAAGCCAGCCCAACUAGAGGAUCUGCUUUCUUACCAUAGUCCUCUUGGAUAUUUCCGUGCAUAUAGAUUCCAUCCCAAGUACUUCGAUGAAGUAGCGGGUGGCCUGAAGUCAAUGACUUAUAGUUCCAAGAUUGACCCCAUGCGGCCGCUAUGCCCGCGUGUGCUAGCGGGAGAACAGUGUCCCGAUGGUAAUGCUUGCGAGUUCCAGCAUUUUGAGAACAUGGUGCUUCCUGAUGCCGAGAUUAUCACACAACUCGGCUCCUCCGAUAUGUUCACCGGUGAAACGAGAAACAGAUUCAUUGAGGGCCUAAAGAAAGUUCUUAACGAACUAAAGGCCAACAAAGUUAAGGACUUCGAUCGCAUUACGAAAGCCAUCGUUAAGCACAGACAAGAAUUCCUCGAGGACAAGUCCAAAGUCUUGCCACUCGAUGCUGGCAGCAGUUAAGCAACCUCGUAGUUUACUUACGCAGCAACGCACAAUCGAUCAACCCUCGUAGACUUCGUACUUAUCCCUUUAUCCUUUAUCCCCCUUUCUCCCUUUCUCCCACUUCGUCGUGUUGCAUUAGCUAGGCAGAUCAUGAUCCUCCAUGACUAUUUUAGCCUACUUAUUUGCCUCCAUGAGAGGUGUCAUGGCAGUAUUUAUCCUUGUGAUAAGGGACCCAGCACCCGUUGUGGGCUGGGCGCCUGUUCACGGGCUUUACGACGCCCACGAUCUUCUUGAUCCAGGGCUGAAAUGCUGGAAAUGUGAGACCUACCAGACAAGAAUGCCGGUAGAGUAACUUUAGGAGACGGACUUAUGGCCACACAGUUGACCUAUGAUUGGAAGAAAGAAAGAAAGAAAGAAAGAAGAAUUUAAGCAGGAGAUCAGGGCGGCUGCUCACAGCAUAAUAAUUGGAGUCGACUGACUGUUGAG